UGUCCGUCAAUUGGACGGUCAGCGCACCCGAUAUCAACGACAAUUGUUGGCUAUCCGACGGUCGCGAUUGAUCGAACGACCGAUCGAAACGAUUAGGGUUUCGGUUAUAAAAGAAAGCAGCGGCGACGGGGAACGGCGCGCUCGUCUCCUCGUUAGGGUUUCGCCGGAGCGAAGACAAAGUCUCCCGUCUCCCCGCACCAUGACGAAGCGCACCAAGAAGGCUGGAAUUGUUGGCAAAUAUGGUACCAGAUAUGGUGCCAGUUUGCGCAAGCAAAUUAAGAAAAUGGAAGUUUCGCAGCAUGCAAAGUAUUUCUGUGAAUUCUGUGGAAAGUAUGCUGUGAAAAGAAAAGCAGUUGGGAUUUGGGGAUGCAAGGAUUGUGGGAAGGUGAAGGCGGGUGGUGCUUAUACCUUGAACACUGCCAGUGCUGUUACCGUGAGGAGCACCAUUCGCCGGUUGAGGGAGCAGACCGAAAGUUGAUGCUGACAAUAAGUGAGCAGUCAAUUCUGGUAGAAAGGUGAUUAGAAGAAGUGCAUCCUAAGCAAGUUGGUGUUUGGCUCAGCCAUAUUUGGUGUUUGAUAGUUGGACAAUGUGUUCUUGAGUUGGUACUUUGAGGCACAUCUGAAUUCUGAGUCUUACUUUAAUUGGCUUGCAUGCCUAGGAAAACAUUUGUGGUAA